UCCUGUCAAGCCUCGUCUCCCCACCCGCUCGCCCUGGACCUGGGAUAUUGUUCGGGGGACGCGGGCAACCUUAAACGUAAAUCAUACGCAGCCGCCAGUGUGCGAUUGCUGUCGUGGCGUCCAGGAAUCUCGUCAGAUGUGGCGAUAUGCGUCGACGUCGCAGCGGAUGCAAUCUCUGGGUCGAUGGGAGCUGCUGGGAACCGCGACGCACGUUGCUUUCCUGGUGACCUACCUUCCACUGAUUCCCGAUUACAGGUUCGGGGACAACUUGAGUUAUCCGCCUUAUAGCCAAGUGGCAUGAGUGUCCUCGCAGCUUUUCACGCCCUGCACUCGUCAACGAUGAAGUGGGCUCAGACGCGCUGGCUAGGCUUCAUACUGCAAUUCCCCGCUCAGAUGGCAUUGGCGCUGUUAACGGAAGUACCCAUCUAUAACGGCAUCUGCUCUACUGCGGGAGUGUACAAUACCUCUUUCACCCCCGCGGAUCUCCCUUGGAACACCUACAACUACUGCAACGCACCCCAUGUCAACGCGGCCCAUUACGAAGUUCCAGGCAAUGCCCCGGAUGCGACGUUGGUAUACUUGAACGCGAUGGUUCGCCACCACAAGAGAACUCCGGACAACCUGUAUCCUGAAGAGGGCGAACUCAACCAGGAACCGUGGGACUGCUCCAGCUUCCUUCAAUUCAAUCACGGAGGCGGCACGACCCACAUCUUCCACGAGACGUACAGUCCCCCUUGGCAUCCCUUCCUCGUUCAGAUCUGGAACGGGACGUGUGAUGAAGGCCAGCUCACGUAUGAAGGACUUCAGGAUGCGAUCCACCAUGGCGAAGACUUCUGGUCCGUAUACGCACAAAAGCUUGGAUUCUUGCAGUCCGUCAAUGAAGACGAUAUUUUCAUUCGCACGUCGGUUGCAGAUCGGACGUACCAAGUAGCAGGAGGCCUUCUGACGGGAAUGGACCCCACAAUGGCCACCAAGACGUUCCCGGUGCUCACGCAGCCGUCUGCGAUUGAUUCGAUUGUUCCGGACUACUCGUGUCCAAACGCGAAUAGCAUCCGCAACGCAUACCAGUCCGUGCCCGCGUGGAACGAUCAUCUCGAGGAGAGCGCGGGCUUACAAGAUCGACUCUGCACCAUGCUAGGUGUCACUGGGAACACAGCCUGGACUUCUUGGUACGACCAUUUCUUCGACACAUUCAGCUCACGGACUUGUCACGGGCACGCUCUACCAUGCAACGCUUCCGGUGCAUGUGCCACCGUGGAAGACGUCGCUCGCGUGUUCGCCAUCGGGGACUGGGAGUACAACUACAUCUGGAAUGCGGCGGAAAACGCGACCGCUUACUCACAGCUUACGUUCGGCGUGUUUUUCAUGGAGCUUGCGCACAACUUUAAGAUGUUCCGCUCCGGCGGAGAAACGCACAAGCUCAGGUUCUAUGUCGGACAUGAUGGGUCGAUGAUUCGACUCGCUUCUCUGCUAGGUUUAGGGAAGGUCGCCCCGCUGCGCUGGCCAGCCAUGGGAUCGGAGAUCAUCAUGGAGGUCUGGAAGACGACUGCGGGAGAACAGUAUGUGCGCAUUAUGCACGAAGGCACUGCCGUCCCGGGGCUGGAGUGGCUCGCGCUGGAUGACUUCAUCGAUAUGCUAGAAGCACAGGUUCCGCCGAACGUCUUCGUGGCCUGUAUGGGAUCCUGACCCUGCACGUCUGGCGCAUGCGGCGCGGCGUUCUCGCGUCCCACCUGGGUGUUGACGCCGUCGUGAGAUCCUCAUUGUGUCCCGGACGAUGACCGUCGUGCCCUCGGUCCGAUAAGCUCAAGCUUUCUCUGAGUCUAAGAUUCGCCAGUGCCUGGCAGUUGCUGUCUGCAUGGCCAAGGCACACUGCAGGCUGAUCAUCCGCAGAAGCAUGGCGGUCUCGACGAGCACGAUCCCAAGUCUCGAGAACGGCUUCUUCCGCGACUUCGUUCCUCGUUCGAGGAUGGAACUCCCUCGAAUUCGUCUUGACCCUAUUGAUGAGACGGUGUCUCUUCGCGGUCGGCUGCCCACUGCCUUUCGUGCGUAACUUGCAUAAUCGCAGCAUGGCCAGCCGCAUCUAUUCGCUUCCGUCAAUUGCAUCCACCUUCC